AACCCGGAGGGCGGCAUGGAGGCGGUGUCCGGCUGGACCCCCAGCACGGUGGCCAAGUGGCUGAGAGGGCUGGACGAGUCCGUGCAGGGCUACCCCUUUGAGCAGUGGCCGCUGACGGGCCAGACCCUGCUGCAGCUGACCUACCGUGACCUGGAGACCCUUGGCGUGCAUCGAGUCGGCCACCAGGAACUCAUCCUGGAAGGGGUGGAGCAUCUCUAUGCACUGAGCUCUAGUCUGGAGACGGAGAACCUGAAGAGUCUGGCCACACACCUGCGGGAGGUCACCCACGCCCUCCAGGGCCUGGUUCAGAGUUCCGGUGAGGGCAGCGUGGGCAUGCUCCCGCCUGCCAUUCUCUCCUGUGUUGUCGAGCUGGUGCAGUCUGCGUGGGAGCUCUUCUCUUGGCUCAAAAGGUAUCUCUUUUCUCAGCUCAACGACUACUCGGCCUGCCAGGAGAUAGUGGGGUUGUGUGCCCAGCUGGAACAGACUUUGCAAGAGGACUCUCCAGAGGCCGAGAAGGAAAGUCGUAUCCUGACGAUUGGUCUCCACGGCGCGGGCAUCGAGAUCCACAGCACCAGCGGCGGCCGACAUUUCGUGUCUGGGACCGGCCCUGAGUUUCUGGUUGGAGACCACUGGUCGCAGCUCCUGCCUGGUGACGAGAUCAUCCAGGUCAAUGGGCAGGUGGUGGUGGGCUGGACCCAAUCAAACCUGAAGUGGAAACUGCUGGAGGACCCGGCCCACGCCCAUCUGCUCCUGAAGAACGUCCCAGUGCCAGGCCCGGAGACGCCUGCCUGCUGCCUUUCGCCCGGACCGUCUUCCCGCUCUCCUUCACCCGGCCCUGAACCGCUAGCCCGCUCCCCUUCACCCGGCCCCGAGCCGCUUGCCCGCUCCCCUUCACCCGGCUCCGUGCUCUCUGCCCGCUCCCCUUCACCCGGCCCUGGGCCCCCUGCCCUCUCCCCUUCACCCGAGCCGCCCACCCACUCCCUUUCACCCGGCUCUGAGUCACCUGCCCGCUCCCCUUCUCCCAAACCACCCCUCUGCUCCCAUUCACCCAGCUGUGAGCCACCUGCCCGCUCUCCUUCUCUCAGCCCCAGGUCCCCUGCCCUCUCCCUGUCGCCCGGCCCUGAGCCACCUGCCUCUUCACCUGACCCUGAGCUUCCUGCCCUCCCUGCUUCUCCUCUCCCCUGGCCCCCUUCCUGCUCGCCUUCUCCUGAGCUGAUUGCCCGCUCCCCUUCGCCCGACCCCGGGCCUCCCAGCUGCUCCCUUUCACCUGGUCCUGGGACACAGACUGCCGUCAGCCCCCCAGCCUCGCCGACGCCGAGAGUCUUCAUCUUCGACCAGUGUCCAUCACCAGAAGAUCCCAUCUUCUCUGGGGCAGACCCCAGCCCGCCUCCAGAACCGGGUGCCUGGCUCUUUGACACGGGAGUCUACCGUCCUGACCCAGAGGCCAAGACUCCAGCCUCAAGUCGGAGGAAACCCAAAGGGGUGGCGACGCGGCUGAGCCGCCGGCGGGUCUCCUGCCGGGACCUGGGCCGGGCCGACUGUGACGGGUGGCUGCUGCGGAAGAAAGACCAUGCGGGCUUCAUGGCGCAGAAGUGGCGACGCUGCUGGGUGGUGUUGAAGGGGCACACUCUCUACUGGUACAGCCACCCGCAGGAUGAGAAGGCCGAGGGCCUCAUCAACGUCUCCAACUACAGCCUAGAGAGCAGGCAGGAGCAGAAAAAGAAAUAUGUGUUCCAGCUCACCCACGAGGUGUACAAACCGUUCGUCUUUGCCGCCGACACCCUGGAUGACCUGAGCAUGUGGGUCAGCCACUUGGUCACCUCUAUCUCCAAGUAUCAGGCACCCAACCGGGCGGCCCCCCAGAACGAGGAAGACUGUUACAGCGAGACGGAGGCCGAGGACCCGGAUGAGGAGAUCAGGUCCAGCGCGGAUUCUCCCUCCUCGGGGCGAGCCCGGCACCUCCCCAGGGACGACAGCCCCCCUGCACUCAGGACCCCGCAGGGCAGCCCAGGGCCCGGCCACAGGAGACGGGGCAGCCCGGGGUCUUCCCGGACUUGGUCCGUCGAUAGCAGCGACGGGGCCAUGGCGGCGCUGGUGCAGGGCCUACGGCAGGGCGGGGUCUCGCUGAUCGGGCAGCCGCAGCCGGUGACCCACGAGCAGUACCGCAGCUCCUUCGUCCGACGAAACCGCGACCCCCACGUCAACGAGCGCGUCCACCACGUGCGGGCCCUGCAGAGCACCCUCAAGGCCAAGCUGUGUGAGCUACAGGUCCUAGACCAGGUCCUGCAGGACCCCGCCCUGACCGGGGAGAAGUUUCGCCGCUGGAAACUGCAGCACCAGGAACUGUACGCCGAGGGGCCCGGGGGCUGGGUCCCCGCCGGACCAGAAGCCGGGAGCCCGAGCAACCCCUCUCCCGCCGCCCCGUGACCGCCGGGGGCCCGGCCGGUAGUGCUGAUCCGCGGCCCCCGCCGAGGGCAGCCGGGCCCUGUGGCAUUGGACGUUCUUGGUCCUCGGGGUGGCCCGCGGUCCUCGGUGGUCGGGGUGACCUUCGUAGGGGCAGGAGGGCCAUCCUUCAGGAGCAGGAGGUCCAGAUGAUCUCGGCUUCCCUCCUCCGCCUCCCUCAGAGGCCGGGGCUGGGGGCAGGCCUGCCGGGGUGAACUGGACCAGCCCGCCCCCGCCCCGCUGCCCACUGCCUGCAGUCAGGGGGUGGCCCGGGCUUGCCAGGAUCGCUCGGGAAGCUUCCCCCUCCUCCCCUCUAAUAAUAAUUUGGGUACUUGUUACACGCUUACUUCCCCCAUGGCCCCUUCUCCCCAGCCCCACCCUGGGCACCCCUGUCUGGCCCUGGGCUUGACUCUGUCCCGCCUCCCUUCCCGUGGGGACCGGAAAGCAGGUCAGGGUCAACUGUGUCUCCCGGGAUUAUUGCUGCAGUGACGGUAGGGGGUUAGAGGGGGUCUUGGACCCCAA